UAGAGAAAAAGGCUUUGUAUUAAGUCUAGUCAUUACUUGGGUGUUACAUGUUAACGUAGCGAUUGUUGAAUAUGUUCAAAGUAGCACCGAAGAUUGUCAUUGUUGUAACUAUCGUAGUUGGAUGUUUAGGGUUAGAUCCGGCAUGUUUUCCUGGGUGCAGGUACACUGAUCAAUGGACAGACUGCGUCCCUUUCCGUAAAUUACAUGGUUUGGGUCUGCGUACACGGGGUACUUGUGUGUUAUGCCCCGCGGAGCUACAGUCACAAGCUAUGGGUAGUGGGAAUAACUCCUCCCGACCAACUGCGCUUUGCCUUCCCCCUAAACUUAACGUGGCAGUUAGAGGUUUCACAUUUGGGGUCCUCUCAGUUCAGAAAAUACGGCUUCCUCCUUCAUUAAAGACCGAUGUCGUUGCUUUGGUGGAAUGUGGGAUCACUGAUUUAGAUCAGGACACUUUGGCCGCGUUUCCUACAUUGAAGUCCUUGCAGCUCGAUUCCAACAACUUGACUCACGUGAAACGAGCCUGGUUCGACGGUUUGAAAUUUCCGCAGUUGUUGUGGACUCUGUCCUUCUCCCACAAUAAUAUAAGCAGCAUGGAUUCAGCAUGCUUCCAAAAGCUCACUGGCCUAGUAACAUUGCUGCUUGACAAUAACGCACUGCAAAGUGUCGAGCCAUCUUGGUUUCACAAUCCGGAAUUAGGCCAACUGUCUUUGAGAUCAAAUUCUAUCAAAAGCAUUCAUCCCCAAGCAUUUAAGUCACUGGAAAGGCUCAGCGAGCUAGACUUGAGCCGAAAUGAGUUAACGUGUGUGCCCUGGGAGACUAUGAGCGGGCUACAGUUAGAAAAGCUGGCACUGGGCGGGAAUAGAUUGCUUAGUCUCGGUAAUUUCGCUCCUUUGGUACUGAACUGGCGGCUUGAUUAUUCUUACUACCUAUUCUCAGGCGUAAGAGUUGCAGUUAGGGUUAACCAGAUGCUUUUCUGUAUCACUAAAGGUCCUAAACUAACACAAUAUCACGUUCACACACACUACAAUACCUCACACCUACUUCCGUCCGACCAGGAGCAUAUCAAUCUAUGCUACAAGCUUGGCAAGUUUAUCUCAACAAACCAGAUAAAGUAUGCCCUACCAUUUGUAGCCAUUUCAGUCAGCACAGAAACAGACGAACACACUUUAAACAUCACCCACUUGUGCACACAGGCUUGGGAAGCUUCUACAGGCGUAAAAGUAGCACUAGGGGGAAACACUACAUUACAGAUUGUUCCUACCGGUCUAGACUCCCUGUCCCAAACCUUUGCUGUAGUUGUAUCGGAUACUAUGUCUGAUAGUGCGAACAGAAGCAUGUCGGAUGCUGAUGUCCACCGUAAAAAUAUCAGCACCUUUGGUCAUGAAGAAAUGAUGAACGUGACAUGUCAUGUGGACGCUCGGGGGGAAACCUACCGACAUGCCUUCACUGCGCCCGUGUCUAGUACUCCUGAUGGCACCGUGUGUGUAGAAAAGACCCAGACCACAACGUCCGUGUCCAGCACAACAGAAACGAUGACCCAGCAGGCCACAACAAAACCUACCACCCUGACAACGGAGGUCGGUAGGAAUCAGACGAACCUGACAAAAAAUUUAAUUGUGACGGCGCGACCGGGGAAAGAGCGAUGCGCGUGCAAGUAUAUAUAUGUGGGUAUCAUCACAGGGGUAACCUCAGUGUUAGCUGUAGUAACGGUGGAGCUUGUAGCACUGCUAGUACUAGUAGUCUGUGUUAUCAGCAAGCAGCGCCGUUCGUCGCGACAGGACAACCCACCUGUUCUCUCGCUGAAUCGAUGGGUACUCGGCGGGGCAGGUGGCGAGGACGCCCCGAUCCCGGUCAAUGGGAGUCCCGUCAGCGCGACUGAUGCGGCCACGCAGACCGCUGAAAGUGACCUGCACCAGUACGACGAGAUCCCAGACGCGUACUUUAACUACUACAACACACGGCCUGGGGUACAGAAUCCUUACUGGGAAAUUCCCGACGAGUACUACACUGACUACGUGAACACACGGACCGAGUCGUACCCAGACGAAGUGGUGACUUUCUACGCCGCUGCCGCUAACGUGGCCCUUCCUUCACAAACCCGGCAGGGCGGCAAACAUCCAUCCUACAACACCGUCCCUCGUACUAGAUCACUCCCACAGAUACAUACACGGCAGAGGAAGGCAAACGUUAGAUCGUAUGGCGUGCGUGUAGCGGGUAAGGACAGGGUUAGAGAUAGGGUCUUCACUGGUAGGUAUGGCAGAACGCGGGGAGCCCUUAUGUCCAGGAGUGGUCUGUAUAAUAAUAAUCCCCUCACAUUGGCAAGCAGACAGCAGGCAAACGUGAAAUACCAGGCUGCACACAUACACACACCCUCAAGGACACGACGAAACAUGGCAUAUCUACACGCACAAACCCCGCAUCACCCGACUGCAAAAUCUGUCUUGGGAAAGUCUACAAACAUGGCAAACCGUCGCCGGUACAGUAUCUAGGGAGUGGACGUUAUUGAGCGAACUGAAAGAGUUGGUUAUGUAACAACAUAUAAGCCCAGGGGAAGAGUUAAGCAAUCUAUUCCUGUUCCCGACAUAAUGUUUUUUACACACCGAGAGGAAGUUUACAACGCAGAGGUUUCAUUUUCUGGUCCUGAAAAUAAAAACGCUACAAUCGUUCCACCAAGCAUGGGCAAAGUAUUAUUAAGAUGCCACCAAAUUGUGAGACCCCAGCCGACCUGUCUUUAAAUUUCUACAUGCCUGUGCUAUACAUGUACCCCCACCUCUACUAAGGGAAGGCAUUCCGGUUGCUAGAUUUCUUAUCAGCUAAAAAUGUCUGAGUGUCAUAUAUACAGGCAGGCACGCUC